AUGGCUUCCCACGAGAAGACAGAAGGCGCUCAGCCUGGCGCCUUCGAUGGCACUGGCGACUACAACGCCCAGAACUCAAACAUACACCCGCCUCACCAUGGCAUGUCCAGUGGGAAGUACCUGGCAACUCGCAUCAGCAGUCUGAAGCCGGCGAUGGUGAAGGCCCCAAAUCCCAUCCGACUCGUCCGUAUGCUCAGCCGCCGCCAUUGGGCUUUCUUCUUUGUCGCAUUCUGGGCUUGGACUUGGGACGCCUUUGACUUUUUCACCGUGUCCCUGACGGUGAGCGAGCUCGCCGAGACUUUUGGGAAGAGCAAUACAGAUAUUACAUGGGGCAUAACUCUGGUCUUGAUGUUCCGGUCCGUCGGUUCCAUUAUAUUUGGUAUUGCUGCCGAUAGAUACGGCCGCAAGUGGCCUUUCAUCGUCAACAACCUACUGUUCAUAGUUCUCGAGCUUGGCACUGGAUUUACCAGCACUUAUGGCGAAUUCCUCGCCUGUCGCGCGCUCUUUGGCGUUGCCAUGGGAGGUCUCUACGGCAAUGCUGCUGCUACAGCGCUGGAAGACCUGCCCCCGCAGGCCCGGGGCUUGAUGAGCGGGCUUCUCCAACAAGGCUAUGCCUUUGGAUACCUUCUCGCUGCCGCCUUUGCUCGCGGCCUCGUGAACACGACACCGCACGGAUGGAGACCACUCUAUUGGUUUGGCGCUUGUCCUCCAGUCAUCUUCAUUAUCUGGCGGUAUUUCCUGCCAGAGACUGACACGUAUAAGAAGCAUAGAGAACUUGCAAGCCACGGAGGUGGUGGCGUUGGUAGUACCUUCGUCGAAGAGGGCAAGAUCGCGCUCAAAAGGCACUGGCUCUUGCUGACAUACCUUGUCCUCCUCAUGGCAGGAUUCAAUUUCAUGUCUCAUGGCUCCCAGGACCUAUACCCGACGAUGCUUUCCAACCAGUACAACUUUUCUGCCACAGAGGUUACUGUGACCCAAGUUGUUGCCAAUCUUGGGGCCAUGACGGGUGGAACAGUUGUGGGCUUCUGCUCGCAAAUCUUCGGUCGCCGUAUCAGCAUUAUCGUCAUGUGUAUCAUUGGUGGUGCUCUGCUCUAUCCCUACACGUUCGUCUCGAACCAUGGAAUCAUAGCUGCUGCAUUCUUCGAGCAAUUCUGCGUGCAAGGUGCCUGGGGCGUCAUUCCGAUUCAUUUGAUGGAACUGUCUCCAGGCGCAUUCCGUACAUUCGUUGUGGGUACCAGCUAUCAACUGGGCAACUUGGUGUCGUCCGCCAGUUCGACUAUAGAGGCCACCAUUGGUGAACGCUUCCCACUCACGCCCAAGGGGAGUACGAAGAGAUAUGACUACGGAAAGGUUAUCUGCAUCUUUAUGGGGUGUGUUUACCUCUAUGUUAUUAUUCUUACUCUUAUUGGCCCGGAGCACUUGAGCCGCUCGUUUGAUGCAAGGGAUGACGCCGACCUGUCAGAGGCCACCGCCCGUGGCCAUCAGAAGCAUGGCGACGAGGAAGACGCCGCCGAGAAGGCUAUGGCACGCCACGAGGACAGGGUCUGA